AUGUUCGCUGCUCGCUCUGCUGUUCGUUCCGUCGCUGCUCGCUCUGCUUUGGCCCGCUCAAUGGCCACUGCUGCCGCUUCUUCUCAACCCCCAGUCCAGCUCUUUGGUCUUGACGGUUCUUAUGCUUCAGCUCUUUACACUGCUGCUGCAAAGUCCAAUGCUCUUCCUGCCGCAAGUGCAUCCCUUUCUGCCCUUAAGACUCUUUUGGCCAAAGACUCUAAGCUCGACGCUAUUCUCUCUAACCCUGCUCUCUCUGCUUCUGAUAAGAAGACUAUUGUUGAGACUUUGGCCUCUUCUGUUAAGGCUGACAAGACCGUCACUAACUUCUUGUCCGUCAUUGCCGACAACAACCGCCUGGCCCUGCUCGGCCCCGUCGCUGCCAAGUUCGAGACCCUCAUCAAUACCGCCAAUGGUGUCGUCGAGGCUACCAUCACCUCUGCUCAGGCCCUUGACACUAAGACUUUGAACCGUCUCCAGACUUCCAUCUCCAAGUCCUCGUUUGUUGGCGAGGGCAAGAAGCUCCAGAUCUCAAACAAGGUCAACCCUGAAAUUCUUGGUGGUCUCAUUGUCGAAGUCGGUGACCGCACCGUCGAUCUCUCUGUUGCCGCUAAGAUUUCCAAGCUCAACAAGCUUCUUUCUGAUGACAUUUAA